CGUCGGAGAGCGUCUCUCUAUGCUCAAGGGCGGGGCUCGCAGUCGGUGAAACUGAAUUACCACCGGCAGAAGAAACUUACCCCGGCUGAUCCAUGGAGUGUGGGAAUGCGCUGGACACUGCGUGGGAAUAAGAAAAACGUACCUCUAUUGCACAAUUUGGGAAUGUCGUAGCUGUUGUUGUUAUUCAGGAAUAGAGUAGCCACUCAGAUAGAAACAGCAGCAACCUUAACACAUUAUCUGUACCUGCUGAGAAUGAAGUGACAUACAUCAAAUACCUUGGGACUGAAAUCUUUACAUCCGGAUUUUGUUUCUCACUGGAAAACAUCUGACUUCAUUUUCAUAAGGCUGGCAGGUCUGGGGCGGGGCAGGGAGCAUGGCUGAACCGCGGCGUGAGAGCACCAGCAGCUUGCAGAGGAAGAAGCCUCCAUGGCUUAAACUGGACAUUCCCACGGCUCAGGUGUCUCUAGAUGAGCCAGCCACCUUUGUUCAGCCGGUGAAGCGCCAGGGUUUCCUCCGCAGCAUCAGCAUGCCAGUGGAGACCACCCACCUCCAGUCCCCGCCCCUCUUUGACUCCAGACGGCCGGCCCUGCAGCGCCAGUCUUCCAUCACUCAGACCAUCAAGAGCAGCAGGAGGGUGCACUUUGAAAGGAUUAACACAGUGCCUGUUAAGGGCCAGCGGGCUGCACGCCACGCUCCCAGGAAACAUCACUCCCUCUCCAGAACCUUGCUCAGGGGUACGGCAGACUGGUUCGGGGUCAGUAAGGACGGCGAUGCCACACAGAAAUGGCAGAGGAAGAGCCUGCGUCACUGCAGCAUGCGCUACGGGAAGCUGAAGCCACAGGUGAUCCGAGAGAUGGACCUGCCCAGCCAGGACAACAUCUCCUUGACCAGCACUGAGACCCCACCCCCCCUCUACGUCCCCUCCUCCCAGUAUGGCAUGCAGAAGAUCGUGGACCCACUGGCGCGUGGCCGGGCCUUCCGUAUGGUGGAGGAGGUGGACGGCUACAGCGUCCCCCAGACGCCCAUCACCCCCGGCGCCGCCUCGCUCUGCUCCUUCACCAGCUCCCGCUCAGGCCUCAACAGGCUGCCACGGCGACGCAAGAGGGAGUCGGUGGCCAAGAUGAGCUUCAGGGCCGCGGCAGCACUGGUCAAGGGGCGCUCCUUACGGGACAAUACCCUGCGACGGGCACAGAGGCGAAGUUUCACCCCUGCCAGCUUCAUGGAGGAGGACGUGGUGGACUUCCCUGAUGAGCUGGACACCUCGUUCUUCGCCAGGGACUGUAUGAUGCAUGAGGAGUUGUCCACAUAUGCCGACGAGGUGUUUGAGUCGCUGUCAGAGGCGGCCAUCAAGGAUGCGGAGCCCAGCAGUAAGCUGGAGGAGACCGAGCUGACGGGCAGCGCCCUGGACAAGACUGAGCUGGAGAGGAGCCACCUCAUGCUGCCCCUGGAGCGAGGGUGGAGGAAGGCGAAGGAGGGCACGCCAGGGCCCCCCAAGGUGCCCCUGCGGCAGGAGGUGGUGAGCGUGAACGGCCAGAGGCGGGGUCAGCGCAUCGUUGUGCCCGUCAAGAAGCUCUUCGCCCGGGAGAAGAGGCCCUACGGCCUGGGCAUGGUGGGCAAGCUCACGAACCGCACGUACCGCAAGCGCAUCGACAGCUACGUCAAGAGGCAGAUAGAGGACAUGGACGACCAUAGGCCUUUUUUUACAUACUGGAUCACUUUUGUCCACUUGUUAAUCACCAUCCUGGCCGUGUGCAUCUAUGGGAUCGCACCAGUGGGGUUCUCCCAACACGAGACGGUUGAUUCUGUUUUAAGAAACAAAGGCGUAUAUGAAAAUGUCAAGUUUGUGCAACAAGAGAACUUCUGGAUUGGGCCCAGUUCGGAGUCUCUCAUCCACCUGGGGGCCAAGUUCUCUCCCUGCAUGCGCCAGGACCAGCAGGUGCACAGCCUGAUCAGGGAAAAGAGAGCCAUCGAACGCAACUCUGCAUGCUGCGUGCGCAAUGACCGCUCAGGUUGUGUCCAAACCUCAGAGGAGGAGUGCUCUAGUACGCUGGCAGUGUGGGUCAAGUGGCCCGGGCACUCCAGCACCCCUCAGCUGGAGGGCAAGGACAGACAGUAUGGCUCUGUGUGCCACCAGGAUCCCAGGAUUUGUCUCGAGCCGGCCUCCGUAUCGCCUCACGAAUGGCCUGAUGACAUCACCAAGUGGCCAAUUUGCACCCGGUACAACACAGGGAACCACACCAACUUGCCUCACAUAGACUGUACCAUCACAGGCCGGCCCUGCUGCAUCGGCACUAAAGGAAGGUGUGAGAUCACGUCCCGGGAAUAUUGUGAUUUCAUGAAGGGUUACUUUCACGAGGAAGCUACUCUUUGCUCCCAAGUGCACUGCAUGGAUGACGUGUGUGGCCUGCUCCCUUUUCUCAACCCAGAAAUACCAGACCAGUUCUAUAGGCUGUGGCUCUCCCUGUUCCUCCAUGCUGGGAUCUUGCACUGCAUGGUGUCAGUAUGUUUCCAGAUGACUAUUCUGAGGGACCUGGAGAAACUGGCCGGCUGGCUGCGCAUAUCCAUCAUCUACAUUCUCAGUGGCAUCACGGGCAACCUGGCCAGUGCCAUCUUCUUGCCCUACAGGGCAGAGGUGGGUCCAGCGGGGUCUCAGUUUGGGAUCCUGGCCUGCCUGUUUGUGGAGCUCAUCCAGAGUUGGCAGAUCCUGGCCCAGCCCUGGAGGGCUUUCACCAAGCUCCUCUGCGUGGUGCUCUUCCUCUUUGCCUUCGGCCUCCUGCCCUGGAUCGACAACUUUGCCCACAUCUGCGGCUUCAUCUCGGGCUUCUUCCUGUCCUUCGCCUUCCUCCCCUACAUCAGUUUUGGCCGCAUGGACAUGUACCGCAAGCGCUGCCAGAUCAUGGUGUUCUUGCUGGUUUUCGUGGGGCUGUUUGCAGGCCUCGUGGUGCUAUUCUACGUCUACCCCAUCAAGUGCGAGUGGUGCGAACUGCUCACCUGCAUCCCCUUCACGGACAAGUUCUGCGAGAAGUACGACCUCAACGCUCACCUCCACUGAACCCUGUGGCCUCGGCGGAGCCCUAGUUGGAGCACACCAGGUCAAGAGUAAUGAUAUAAUAUGAUAUAUGAUAUGUGUCACCUCAUCCACGUCUCUGUCAGGCCCAAUGUUAGUGUGGCUGUGUGUGAGAAGGGGCUUGUUCUCCUUCUCUGUCUCUGUGAACUAUGCUUGUAUUUUUAUACUCCUUUGUAGACAGCCACUUCACCCACCACGAAGACUUCUUCUUUUAAUCACCUUCCUUUUGACACCACAUCAUCUGACUAAGACAACAAGGGUACUUGUACUGACUUUUCAAGCCUUCAUUCUAUCCUUCUGUAUGUCAGGGAUUGGAAGGGCCAGCACUGGUACAACAUCAAGAAGGAAUAUACUCAGUAUUUUUUUUUAUUUGUCAUUAUUUUUUAUUUACAUACUUUUUAACACUCACCAUCCAGGAGAAGGUUUUUGUUAUUAUUCAGGCAACUCUCAGAAAACCAGGGAUACCAAUCAAACAUGAAUGCCUUUGGUGCCUUGUUGAUAAAUGUACCAACUACUGCCAUAUUUUUGUUACAUGUUGAGCACUCGAAAGUUAUCCUUUUAUUUGUUUAUUGCUUCUUAAGAAGUGAUGAUUAAUUAAAAAGGUAGCGUUUUAGCUACCUGUUCACUCACAUUUAAUUGAAUACAACAGUAAAAAAUACUAAACUCCA